AAUCGCGAUGCUACCUACGCACAGAUAGCACCUCGUUGGAAUAGAAAUGCUCCUAUAAUGGUGGGGUCAUUGCUGACACCCGGCUCAGCGAAGAAGAUCUUCCCAGCUUUGGACAGCCCAGCUUAUAAGGCCUCUCUCGAUCUUUGUGUUAAAUUCACGCCAUCUGGACAUGUUCGCUCCAAUGCUGCCACUAAAUCAGUUGCCGAAGGAGUCACAUGCUUUGAACGAAGUGUUCCUUUGUCCACUCAGCAAAUGGCUUUCGCCGCUUUCGAGAAGGCUGAAAGUUUGAUCUACAAUCGCACCACCCUAGAUGGAGUUACCAUACCAGCUAUAGAAAUUGUCUUUUCACUAAAUAAGAAUUUCAAGCGGGAAAAGCAUGAAUGGAUCUACAAUGAAACUUCAAAGGUGGGUGAAGCCGAAAUUUUAUGA